CUACUGCACGACAUCAUGGCCUGUUCACAACUGAUUGCGUUUGUGCCAAUGAAGAUGAUGAUUAUUUUGAUUUUUUCAAGUGUUAAAACUGGAUUUGGCGUGCAGCAGGCUGCUGUCUGUAGGCCGUUCUGCACUGGGACUGACUGCAUCACUGUAAACCAACACAGAGUGGAUUUUCAGUCAGCUGAGGAAGCCUGCCAUGACAGCAAAGGAGAGCUGCUGACAUUGCAGUCUGAGGAAGAUGAGAACACUGUUAAGAUUUUAAGUCAAAAAUUAUUUGGAGACUUCUGGAUUGGACUGCGUUUACCAGCUGCCACCUGCAGCAACCUUUCAGCUCCUCUCAGAGGCUAUAAGUGGACUUCUACUGGUGUGUACAGCUUUAAUCCAGCCUCCAGCACCUGGAAGGAAAGCGUUAAGCUCUGCUCUCCAAGCUGUGUGUCAUUUUCAAAGAAUCAGAAGUGGACAGAGCGGCUGUGCUCGGACAAAACAGAUGGCUAUCUGUGCAAAACUAAGCACAAAGAUGCAUGUCGGGCACAAGCAUUGUCAGAGCCAAAUGUCAUCCAAAGCUCCAAAGGCUGCUCAGGUGAACCCUGUGAGCAUACAUGCACCGCAGUGAAGGGAGGUUACAUAUGCUCUUGUUUCAAAGGAUAUAUCCCAGACAGCAAGAGCCCUGAGCGCUGCAAAAUACACUGUGCACAAGAGAAAUGCCCGGCAGUUUGUGUGAGGCACACUGACUGCUCCUGUCCCGAUGGAUAUCUAUUAAAUUACACAUCUUGUAUUGACAUUGAUGAAUGUUCCAGCGAACAAUGCGACCACGGGUGUAGAAACACGUUUGGGAGUUUUGUUUGCUCCUGCCGAGAAGGAUUUGUACUUAAAAAUCAAGUCAAAUGUGUCAAAGCGAAGAGCAGCAAAAGUUUGGUUGUCACGACUCCUGUCGUCGUGAGUGUUAACCAAGCAGCUGCCAAUAAUCACACACUGAGCGGGUCCACCGCGCCUCUCUGGAUAUGGAUUUUGGUUGUUGUGGCUGUGGUCGUGUUUAUAGUUGUGAUGAGGUUUUAUGUUGUUCAGCGUCAGAAGCACAGGGAACUAAACUCCGGUCAGCGCUCUGCUGCUCCCAUGGACAAUAUUGAGUGUUAAAAACAAUUCUGAUCACUUUUAAUGGUUCCUUGAGCUUUCAGAGUUUGGGAGACUUCAUCACGUUUAUCGUUUAUCAGAUGGCUGCAGAAAAGUAACUUCUCAGAAUAAACCAUUUUGAGUAUUAGUUUUUACUCUUUGAAACCUGAGGAAAAAUGUCUUGAUUUCUUUUGCAAAUAUGGGAAGAAGGCAACA